AUGGCAGCAACGCAGUUUCCAGCAGCUGCUGUCGCGUCUAAAGUACCAACAGCGGACGAGGUACGGGAGUAUGAGAAGAUCCUCAGAAUAAGCGAGGAUAUCUUUUCUGGAACUCACCCUAGGUUGAAGGUUCCACAGCAGUUUGUUCGCAAAGUCGCGUCUCGCAGUCAACCUGCGUCGGCGACGCCUCAGAGCAAAGCGGACGAAACUGUGGGAUCUCCUUCUAAGCCCCCGUCUCAAUAUGUCGCGUCUAUAGCGAAGCCGGCUAGCUCUCAGAGCACAAAUACCCCCAAUGGUCCAUCGAACACGACGGCCUCGCGUAUUACACAGAAACCUGCCUCCGAAAUCGAUCCAAUAUUUUUGGAAAAAUCGGAUGAUCUGGUGAGAGCAGAAAUCCAGUUACAGAGACAAAGAGUGGAGAGAGAAAUACGGGAACAGGUUGAACUGAGGAAACAAGAGUCAAAGCAGAGGGUGUCCAUACAGGACGCGACUCCUGAUUUCGAUGUCUCCGAUGUCCUCAACCGGGCGUUUGAGAUAGUCAAGCCCUCCCCAGGUCCUGAGGCUCCUGGGCCUGGGGCCCCUAGCGAUUCAUUUGAUGAGAAUUCCUUCUACUCUAGCAGAGCCCCUGACUCCCCACAGCACGGUGACCACCAGAAGCCGUCUUCGGCCUCGUCUUCCAUCCCUGACGAACAUGGCACUGGAGUUACCGGAGAAAGAUACUCAGAUGAGUUGCAUCGGCUUGAAGCCCUCAACCGUCCUGAAUCGGAUCAGUCAAUGCAAGAUACUUACUCCGUUGCAGACCACCGAACGUCAUCUCAUCUUCCAAGACAGUUCCAUAACCCUGAAGAUCCUUCGGCGUACAGGGUACAACACAUCCGCCAACAGGUCGAACCGUUAGAUGAACCCGAAUACUCACCACCGGCUCCCGGUGUGGCACCGAUGGAAAUGGUUGAAAGCUAUGAGCCUCCUAGAGCGGAUCCGAAUGCGUCUAGACGCCGAGUGAUUGACCCACGAGACCGGUACGCCAGACGAUCAAUCUCCCCAGUAGACGGCGUACAAGUCAUCCGAAACCAUAUUACUUCUCCUGCAGCCCCCCAGCCAUCAAGAGUCUCGCCCCUCGCCAUCGCGAAAGUUCCCUCGGUCAAUCAGAUCCAUGAUUCCUGUUCGGAGUAUGAUCCGGAACGCCGAGGGAGCCCCGAGGUACCGCCCCAGCCUCUGGUGACUAGGAAGCGUAGGAGGUUGCAAGGGGACAGGGAUCAGUCUCGCCCGCCAGUGUAUAGAGCCCACGGUGCUAGUUCGGCCAAGCCAUUUAUUAAAGAGGAGCCUGUUUCUCCUCCGCCAUUUGCCGAUACCACACCAAUGUACCGCGCUCGUGCUCCUCAGGAAGGGCCUGUCUAUAUUGAUGUUUCUUCACCCCGUUACACCCCUGUGGUAGAAAGAAGAGAGCCGCUCGUGAGACCUUCAGCAUAUGGGCUGGAUCCUUACGAAGACCCUCAUAGUGAUUCAGGAGUUCCGCGCACGGUUUCACGACUUGGCACCCAACGAUCAAUGCGCGAUGAUCAGGAUUUGCGGAGAGUCGCGAGUCUUCACCAAGCCCGGAAACCAGAGUAUGCGCGUGAAUAUAUUGAACCGCAAAGCCCUCACUCUGCCCGUAACGGACCUUACACAGUCGUUGAACGCCCACAGCAGGAUGGUGUUCGAUAUUAUGAUGACCCCGGAGUACUUCCCCAGAGAUAUUAUGCCUCUCCUGUUCCACCGCAGUUGGGUGAAGCUUACUACAAUGAUUAUGUCGUGGAGCCACCGCCGCGACGAAUUGUUGUUGAUGAGCAUGGGAAUCAGUAUUACGAGACACUUCCUGCACCAAGAGUACAAGCUAUGCCUCCGCCAAGUAGUCGAAUUCCGAGAGCCGAUGUAUACGAGGGCCCGCCGCCCAUACGUCACGCCAGUGUACGCGCCGCGUCUGUUCUCGAAGAUCCAUACGGCGGCCGAAGAUAUGUACAAGAGAUGCCUCCACAGGGGUCUUAUAGACGGGUCACAGAGUACGCUCGACCGGCUCCUAAUGAACGGCGCCCAUAUGCUGCACCGUUUGAUGGGAGAGAGCCGUAUCCGCGGAGCGGUAGUGUGCAGGUUCACGAUUAUACACCCCGGCAGAGUCAUUACGCGGAAGAAGCCGAGCUUCCCCGCGAAAGGAUAGUGAGGAUUCCAAGUGUCAGGCCGCCGACAACAGCCAGAUAUCAAGAACCGCGUGAAGUAAUCCAGCGCGUGGAGAGUGUCCGUCCUGGUGGUCGCGACAUGAGUGUAUAUAUUGACGAGGAUGCCCGCCGGCCGAGAGAGUAUAUUGAGCAGCGACCCAUGUACGUAGCUGCUGCGCGACCUAUGGCUCAUGAAGAGCGGUAUUACGAGAACGGCGAACCAGACCGAGUGGUUGCUGAAUUCAUUCCGCCCAUUCCCAUCCCAACCCACUCGUCCUGUGCGCCCAUUCCUCUUCCACCGCCAUCCCUGUCGAACAAGACGUCCUCAAAUCUUCAGGAUUCUCGUUCGCCUUCCGUUUUGUCCUCUCUUCCUCGCUUUCCUGCCCAUCCCGCUCCGGACGCCCGCCAUAUUCUUACGCCUGACUACCAUCGUCUCUCUCCCCUCGAUUCGUUCAAGGGGUCAGAGAUUCGAUUUGCUCUGAUUAUGCACAAGAUCUCUAACUUUACGGGUCAGGCCCGUCAUGGUUGGGAGCGAAUGACACCUACCUUCGGCAUGUCGCGCCCUCACGCUGAGAUGACUUCCCACUCUCUUCGACGGCCCCAUGGCGCGCCCCCGAUGACUCCGCCGACCGGUAUCGACCCAACGGUUAACCUCUCCUUCAAUGUGCCCUUCUCUUCGACUCUUGCCGGUCCAGAUGCGGAUGACGUGUUGCACGCAAGCCCCCAGGCCCUUCAGCGGUGGUCUUUUCCCGAGGGGACUCCCGAAGGCACACCCAUUCACCAGCUGCCUGUUCACGUCAACAACGUCGAAUCCCUACGGAAACUGUGUGGCCAAAUAACGGAGAGUAGUAACGGGAGGGUUGAAGCUCUCAUCAGUUCCUCGGAGCCCAAAACCGUCCCAUCCCUACAGCGCCGGCCACAAGGAUUAGCCACAAAUGUCUGUAUCACGGGAGACGGCGAGAUUGUGCAGAAAAUGCGAGCCAAGGUCCUCAAUGAGACACCUAUCCUACUGCGAUGUGCGACCGUCGACGUUGAUACGCAUCUCAUCACGGAUAACCAGACAAAGGAAGUUCGCCAGCCGGUCUUGGAGCAUUUGGACACUCUGGCUAAAUAUACUGGCACCGAUAUCUUCUUGCUUACGCCCAAGCUUCGCGAUACGGAUAGUGCCAUCGUCUCGUCCUAUGGCUACGCUACCGACAAUGGAUUGGAUCAGCGCUUUAGGGUAGCUAUAUAUGGAGAUAUGGAAAGCACUGAACAUGCCAAAACAAGAGUUUUGAUCAUGAUUGAUCAAAUUCUCAAACGUCACGUGGACGCCGUCAAGCUCGACCUUACCACGCACACCUUGGUAUGCGGUCGGACCCGCAAGAAUGUCAAGCUCAUCGAGGCCGCUACUGGCACUGCAAUUUACUUCCCACCGCCUUUCCCACGCAUCUUCGGCUACAUCCCUCCCAAUGCCCACCGCCGGAGUGAGGAUGAAGUCUACAUCACGGGCGAGACUCAGGAGCAAAUCACUCGGGCCAAGCAGAAGCUCCAUGAACUGGUUAUGGGCGUGAAGGUUUAUGUUAAGGAUGUCAGGGUCAAUGGGAACAAGAUUGACAACAUCUUGCUUGAUCGUCUGGAUAAGGUCCGGAAAGUCAUGGAGAUGAACGGUUCUUAUGUCAUUUUCCCACAAUUGGGCAGCCAGCGGAACGGCAUUCGCAUUCAGGGAACUGAUGUUCUGCACGUCGAGCGUACCGUCAGGGAGAUCAUGGCAUUGGCUGGUCAAUUUUACAGUGCUUCGUGGUGGAUUCUUGCGGUUGAUCCAACUCCUGGGGCUGUGCGAAGUCCAUCCCAUGCAGAAGUUCGAACGAUGCUCUCUGAUAUCUGCACGAACUCUGGUGCUGAAGUAAGCUUUGACAAUCUGAACUUUACCAUCAAUGGAUCCGACGACGCAGUUAAGGCUGCUAUGAUGGUCAUCAACCAGAUUCCCUUCGUCCAGCGCAGCCAGUACCAGAUGCGUGUGAAGAUUGAGCUGGCGAACGAGCACAAAGAGUUUGUCAGCGGCAAGAAGAACGGCAAGAUCAACAAGAUCAUGGGUCAAAGCAACGUUCAAAUUAUCUUCGAUGGCUUCAACGAGUACAACUUCCACAUUGACGUUUGUGGAAACCAGUUUGAGUCCACCAAGAGCGGUCUUGAUCUUGUUGAGCAAGAGAUGCCGGCUUCGAUUUCCUUCCACGUUCCUGAUCAGUACCACAAGCGAAUCAUCGGUAUUGGCGGUCAGCAUAUUCAGCGGAUUAUGAAGAAGUACUCUGUCUUCGUCAAGUUUUCCAAUGCCAUGGACCGCGGUGGUAUGGGCAAGGAUGAUGAUGACAUUAAGGUCGACAAUGUUAUUUGCCGUACUCCUGCACGCAAUGCUCAGAGCUUGGACCUGGUCAAACAGGAAAUCAUGGAUAUGGUCGAGAAAGUGGACGCCGAGUAUGUUUCCGAGCGUGUUGUGAUCAACCGACUAUAUCACCGUGAAUUGCUUGCCCGCAUGUCGGAAAUCGAUGAGCUCGAGAAGAAAUGGAACUGCAAGAUUGAGUUCCCCAGCACAGAGCUUGCGAGUGAUGUCGUCACGAUAUCCGGCCCUGAGUAUCAGGUCCCGCAAGCUGUGGAUGCGUUGCUGGGAAUGGUUCCUGAAAGCCAUGAGCUUCUCUUCCAGAGUUCUCCCGAACUGCGCGAUUUUUUCAGGGGUGUAGACUUCCGUGAGGACGUCUGUGCCAAACUCAAGGACCAGUACGAGGUUGAUACUACGGUGGAUGUUCCUGAAGCGGCCAAAUCUGAGAGCGGCUCAAGUUCGCCUUCAUCAGCUGCCGAGGACCGUGUUGUACUUGGCUACACGCGCAACAACGCUGGUGGUCUGAAAGAUGCAAUCGAUUUCUUGAUUUCUCGACUCGUCGCCCAUGGCCUCGAUGCGACUACGGUCAAAGGGGCUAUCCCGCGACCCAAGUCGGAUUCGUUCGAGGAGUCCUUGCCGUUCUUUGACUCUAAGCUGCUGCAACAUGCACCCACUCCAAUUGCAACGGACUCUCCGACUCGACCCAGUUUCACCGAUGACACGAGCGAGCGUGGAUCUCUCUUCGAGCGGCUGAGGAAGCCUGGUAGCAUUUCCUCGUUUUCCUCGUUCAUCGGCCGCAAGAAUCAUUCCGCCUCCCCCGCUUCCUUUUUCAAGCACGCCUCCAGCAACGCCUCGAAGGCGUCACUGGUUUCCAUGGAGUCCCGGGACAGCGGCUACCGCAACCCGUGGAACGACUCUGGCGUGAACCUCCCCGAGGACGACUUGCCCGCUCUUGGGGGUUCCCACAGCCACAGCAGCAGCAAUGGCUGGCCCGCGCGCUUUGACACGAAAUUUCCAUUCGGUACCGCACCGGGGGACAUGACACCCAAGCAUGACCUCCGGGCGUCUUUUGAUAGUGGUCGUCCUAGCACUUCCAAUUCUACUUCUGGAUACCCGGCCCCUAUUGGGCCACCGCGCUAA